UUCAGGGCGUGAACGAAACAACUAAAGCUGUAUCCGUCCUCCACCAAAAUCUUCACAUCACAAACACAUACCACGGCUAUUGCGGAGAAUUCGCCACCUUGGCCGUAUACUUACCUUAUCUCUCCCAAAACUCUUUGUCUUGCCUUGCUUAGAGACCUUUGAACUGCGGCGCUGCCAAGAUGAACCCUGAAUACGACUACCUCUUCAAGCUCCUUCUCAUCGGGGACUCUGGCGUAGGCAAAUCUUGCUUGUUGCUCAGAUUUGCCGAUGACACGUACACCGAGAGUUACAUCUCGACAAUCGGCGUGGACUUCAAAAUUCGCACGAUCGAACUGGAUGGCAAGACCGUGAAGCUGCAGAUUUGGGAUACUGCAGGACAAGAGCGCUUCCGCACCAUUACUUCAUCGUAUUAUCGUGGCGCCCAUGGCAUUUGCGUCGUUUACGACGUAACUGACAUGGACUCCUUUAACAACGUCAAGCAGUGGCUGCAGGAGAUAGACCGUUAUGCCACGGAGGGUGUGAACAAGUUGCUUGUUGGCAAUAAGAGUGAUAUGACAGACAAGAAGGUUGUCGAAUACACUGUUGCAAAGGAAUUUGCAGAUUCUCUUGGCAUACCUUUCCUUGAGACCUCGGCCAAGAAUGCCAGCAAUGUUGAGCAAGCUUUCUUGACCAUGGCCCGUCAGAUUAAAGAACGCAUGGGUGCGACGGCGAGCCAAAACAAAGAAAAGAUUAACAUCGGUCAAGGCCAGAGCGUGCAGAGUGGAUCAAACGGGAGCUGCUGCUGAGCGAGUGGUUCAUCAGCAGUUCAGAGUGAACUUUUGAGGGGGGCUCGUGGUGAGAGCCAAGUUUUUCGGGGGUUGGUGGCGAUUUGAGGCACGCCCACAUCUUCACAAUGAGUUUAGACUGCUUUCGUUUCAACACUGUGAGGUUGGAUUUGUAUGAAUGGAAACUCUAUGAUGGGGUGACUGUCACGGGGCGAAACCAUGGAGCAUUUGGGCUUUUCCACUGUCUGAUUCGUUAAAUGUAUCUGAAAUGUAAUGUACUUGCGCGCGUUUUGGUGGGAUCUGAACAGUGCUUUUGCCCAUACGGCGUUUGCAAGAAUGGACACACAAAUUAGUCGACUAACA